AUGAGAAUGGACUCUUAUGGUCCAUCGAUACUGGCAAUAACGAUCAUUUUCCUCAUUCUCGGCGUUUUUGUUGUCUCACUCCGUUACUAUACUCGAGUAGUUAUUCGAAAUACCAUUGGUCAUGAUGAUUUUCUCAUCCUCUUGUCUCUCGGCCUUUAUAUCGUGAUGGCAUCAUUACUCUUCGUUGGCGUUCAACGAGGUAUUGGUCAGCACAAAAAGGGAAUGAAGACUGAUGACAUUGUUGAAAGCUCGAAGUACGUCUGGCUCACGGUCUUAAUUUACAUAAGUGCUGUUACGGCGAUUAAAGCUUCCUAUGCCACAUGUCUCCUCCGUCUCACUGAGGCCAGUCCUUGCGCAUACGCUCUUUGGGCUGGACUAUCAAUUAAUGUUAUCCUAUGCUUCAUAGCAAGCUUUUACCUGAUUUUCAAUUGUCAGCCAAUUUCAUACGCUUGGAAGCAGGGCGACUCAAGCGUGGAUGGAUAUUGUAAUUACGACUCAGCAGAUGCUCUAGGCUAUGCAUGGGCCGGACUAUCUAUAGCGCUAUAUCUUCUUUUUACCCUCGUUCCGGUCGCGUUAGUUUGGAAUAUGCAAAUGCACAUAAAAACGAAGACGUUCGUUGUCACUGUCCUGGGAUUGGGAUUAUUCGCUGGUGUCGCUUGUGCUGUACGAAUCGGAGUGUUUGCUGUGGACUUGGAUUAUGCAGAUCCUCUUUAUUCAAUAUCUCCAAUGCUUAUUUGGUCCGUAGUUGAAGCUGGCUUGGGAAUUGUUGCAAGCUGCAUCGCAACAUUACGACCUCUCCUUCGACACUACAACAUUCAAGGCCUAGAGGAGAUUGAACUCGAAGGCGAUGUCGGACAUGGUGAGGGUGGACGAGGACACGGUCAACGGGCAUACAAAAUGUCAACAGUAUCCCAAAUCCUUAACAAAUUCACAGGUCAUGGUGCACAUACCGUGACCGUCAUUCACCAAGGAAGUGAAGCUACGAUCCCCGCGAAUGGUCAAAUCAAGGAGAGAAGGACAUACAACAUCUCUACUCUUCAGAGAAGUUCGGUGGACAUGCAACACGAACGUCAAAUGCAAGGCGUUGCUGGCAAAGUUCCCGAGCCAGACGAUGUGAACACCGGGGGUUGGUUUCCAGACGAAACUCAAGCUUUCAAUAUGUUCAUCUCAAAAUCCCUCAUCUUCACACUCGCAAGUUCUCAGGCUCUCGCGUCCAGACUAUUUGUGGCUUCAUAUGCAGGAACUGUUACCACAUUGUCACUCGAUGAAGAUGCAAAUGGUGCAUAUUCAUUCGAAGUCAUUGCGACAUCUACGGCAUGCGCGGCCAAUUCCUCGUGGAUCACUUUAGAUUCUUCACGAGAUAUUUUGUUUUGCGCGGAUAGAGGGCUGACUGCAAGUAAUGGGACUCUCAAUUCGUUGAAGAUUCAGGACGACGGUUCUUUGGUGGCAUUGGAUAGAGUUGAGACACCGGUUGGGGCAGCGGCUACAGUAUUGUAUGCGAAUAAUACUGCUUUGGCUUUAGCUUAUUAUUCCUCAAGCAGCGUAGGAACUUUGGAUGUCACCUCCGCAACUAACAUACUCCCUCUCCAAACCUUCACCUAUAACCUUACUACUCCCGGCGCGGAUCCCCAAUACGAAACCGCACCGCAUCCACACGAAGCAAUUACUGAUCCAACAGAAUCAUUUGUCCUCGUCCCAGACUUGGGUGCUGAUCUCGUAAGAAUAUAUCGAAUCGAUCAAGAUACUAAGUUGUUAGAACCACUCGAACCAUUGAAAACUCCCGUCGGAAGUGGACCGAGACAUGCAAAUUGGCUUGUUUCGGAAACGGGAAUCACAUACUUCUAUUUGGUCAGUCAGUUGACUAACAGACUUACGGCAUAUGAGGUUACAUAUGAAAGUGACAACACUUUGAGUUUUGAAGUGAAGUUUGAGAGGAGUCUUUUGGAGACGACUACCCCAGGCGAAGAAUUGCAGUUUUAUAGUGCCGCAUCAGGGAUCCAAAUUACACCCGAUCAUAACUACCUCCUCAUCUCUCAACGCAACGAUACACACUUUAGUAUCCCCGAUCCUUCUUCCCCGUCAGCCACAAAUAUCAUUCCCUCCGAUUCUCUCUUAACGUAUUCCCUAAAUCACUCAAAUGGUAAUUUCUCACUCGUCUCAAUUGAUGCUGCUGGAGGUAGUUUCCCAAGACAGUUCUCUAUCAACAAAGCUGGGGACUUGGUGGCUGUGGGAUUGCAAAACGAUGGAAGAGUAGCGUUGUUGAAGAGGAAUGUGGAUGGAGGAGAUUUGGAGAUUGUCGCCGGAAUUGAUAUAGAGGGACAGGUUGUUUGUAUUGUUUGGGACGAGUAG